AUUCUCUUAAGAGAGUAAAGCAGUCGAAUGUUUAUCUAGAUGACUGAAAGCUUUCCCUGGUGGAGGUUUAUGGAAGUGUUAAAGGGGGCGGAUAACACGGGCUUUGGAGGCGCUUGUCCAAUGAUCUGGAGGGGCUUGGAGAGCAGAUCUCAGCUGGCAGACAUUUAAAUGGGAGACAGCUCGGCGCUGCUGCAAUUUGUAGGCAGGAUCCGAGACUCUCUCUCUAUGGACUCCCAGGCAGCUCCGGGCUCCCACGCCACCCGCUCCGCCUAGUGAGCCGCCGGGCAGAGCCCCACAGAACCCCGGACCCCGCUGAGGAUCCGCCGCCGCCGAGCCGGGCCCCGCCGCGGAGCCUCCGCCGCCGCGCAGCACGCGUGGCUGUGCGCAGGAGAGCAGUCCUGGUGGGCCCAGGGCUCCGCGAGCAAAUCCGUCUGGAGGGAGCUUCGCUCUGGAUGGUCCGCACACUGUACGCCAUCGGUGCUGUGUUUCUUCUGAUGGGAUUUCUGCUACCAACAGCAGAAGGGAGAAAGAGGAACCGUGGAUCUCAAGGUGCUAUCCCUCCUCCUGACAAAGAUCAGCCCAAUGAUUCAGAGCAAAUACAGACACAGCAGCCGUCGGGUUCUAGGCAUCGAGAACGAGGAAAAGGCACUUCGAUGCCUGCAGAAGAGGUGCUAGAAUCUAGUCAGGAGGCAUUGCACAUCACUGAGCGCAAAUACCUAAAACGGGAUUGGUGUAAAACUCAACCCCUCAAACAAACUAUCCAUGAAGAAGGCUGCAACAGUCGUACCAUUAUCAACAGGUUCUGCUAUGGCCAGUGCAAUUCCUUCUACAUCCCCAGGCAUGUCCGUAAAGAAGAAGGCUCCUUCCAAUCUUGUUCCUUCUGCAAGCCCAAGAAAUUCACAACCAUGACUGUUACACUCAAUUGCCCUGAGCUUCAGCCCCCAAGAAAGAAGAAAAGAAUCACCCGAGUUAAGGAAUGCCGGUGUAUAUCUAUUGACUUGGACUGAACUGAGACAAAUGUAGUGAUUGCACUCUGACUGUAAGCAAUCAUUGCCAGUGUGAGAGUGAGCAGCAUGAACAAGCAUGCCUUCAGGGCUUGGCAAAACUGAGAGCAACCUAGCAAAUUACCUAAAACAAGUAAAAAAAAACCACACACACACACACAAAAAGAAAAAAAUAUCAAUGUAAAGAAAGGGCAUGCAUGUGUGUGUUUGUGUGUAAGUGAAAAAAUGGAUGUGUGCAAGCAAAUCUAUGAAUGUUCACUACAACAAAAAGAAAUUAACAGAGGUAGGAAAUAUUAAAAAAAAUCUGUUUACCUGCAGUCAUGAAUUAGCUUUCCUAGUGUAUAUUCACAUUUUUGCCGCUUGCUGGGAAAGUGGAGCUGUGGCUUUUGCUCAUGUUCACUUGCCGUGCUACUUGCUUUUAUUGUAUUAAGAGAAACAUCAAAGUGAGAGGACAAUAUAUUUAAAAGCAUAAAUCUAUUCUUACAUACAAAGUAGGCAAGAAGCAGUUUAAAGUGUAACAAAACCAUCACUGAAAAUAGCAGCUGUAUCAAGAGUUUGUAACAUGCUUCUUCAAAAAAAGAUCUGUAGUCCAAAAGCCAUGUCUGGAGAACAAUGGGGGAUGUGGGAGUGUUGAAAAGUCACUAUAGGAGGAUGGAAAACAGAGCUACAGCAAGUUAGAAAGCAAAAGGCCAAAGUAAGUAGAUGGGGAGAGUACAAAAGGGAGUAGAAAAAGGAAAGAUACAUAAACAGGAAUAUCCAGAGGAAGAGAUAGUCUUCUGUUUAUGUUUUGCUUUAAUUUAUAUACCUAGUCAUAUAUUACAUAAAUUAAAAAGAAACUAUAUACUAGGCUAUAAAUACACUUCUGAAUUCUAAUGGCUCUCUGAAUCAAUCAAAACCCAUUUUUGUGCCACUAGAUCCAUUUGAUGUCUUGUAUUUCUGAUAUCAGUUAUUCUUCAUAUCUACAUAUAUAUACAUGCAGUAUCUUUUAGUCAUGGAUAUCUAUACAUACAUACAAUGAGUAUGCAUACUCCAUUGUGUGUAACUGAACUCUCUCCUCUUUUUCACACACAUACAUAAAAAACAUACAUAAACCACAGCAUAAAAAUCUUGCUAAUUAAGAUCAAGUACAAAUGGCAGUAAUUUAGUACAUAAAGAGCAAAGCAAAAAUUAAAACAAGCGUCAUGUGACUGCAAAUGCAAUAACCACACAAGAGACAAAAGACACGGCGUUCAUGACUAGUAAACAUUGCAUUGUUAUUGUUAUUUUAGCUUUGCCACAGGCAUGCAGUUUGUUGGAAAAGAGAUGCAGAACUUUGCCAGCAAUAAUCCUCUUUUAUAUCUUUUACCACAGACUUGCAUUUAAACUGAAUUUGGACAAAGUAAAGAGAAUUUCCUGAAAAUUAAGGGCUAACUGCCCCUCUCAUUUAGGGGGAAAAAAAAUGUAAAAGGGGACACAAUACUUCCAACAGCUUGCUAAAUCUCACCUAUGAGGUUGUCCUGUCUUCUCUUUCCUUCAGGAUUAGAAGCUUAAACUUGACGAGGGCUGUAGGUUUUGGCAAGAGCACAGAAGGUCCUGCAAAAGAAGCUGUUUUUAGUGAGGUGGACCUUGGGCCAUUGAACCCAAGAGGCAUGUUGCCCUUGUUCUGCUGGGCACUUGAUGAGAAGCCUGGGGGGUGUCUUACUGGACACAUCUCAUACCACAUGGUAUGAGUGCAGGCUGCUCAUGCUGUCCUGCAUGCUGGCUUUGCAAGGGCACUCUCCAGCCAAGUGCUGAAGAGGUCACAAGGUGCUGCACACUCUCCUGUCCAUGUUGGUACCUGUGCCUGUGCCUGCAGGGCCCUGGCAGCAGGUCCUGUCUGAUAGGAUACCGAAGGAAAGGCAUAUUCCUAUGCCAGAGUCAAUACGAGGCCUGAAAGGAAUCCUGACAUCAUCAUGGAGGAGAGUGAAAUGGGAAUUGGGUCCACAUUAAUUGUAUGAUGGGACUUGAAUAGUCCAGGACUCAGUUUCACCAGUCGGCAGCAAUAUUCUCCAGUAUCCACUGUCAGGGUAACUGUCCUCCUACACCAGAUGCCUCUCUCAACCACAAGGUGGUUAUCUUGACACCAUUUCUGUCCACUGAACACUAAGGAAGAAAAUUCUGCUCUUACUAAUAUGCUCAAAGGGAAAAAUACACAUUGAGUGGCAUGUCACAGGUGAAUCCCGAGUGCCCUCAUUAUAUUAGAUGCUCCAGCUGUUACACAGUGCAUCACACAGUUAUUGGCAAUAUCCUGCACCUCUGAAUUUAAUAUAUGUUUAUUGUAAUAUUCACUGCUGUGAGGUCUGCAUUUGUAAGAUUAAGAGAUUGCAACUCAUUGAUUGAUAUUAUUAAAAUGCAUUUCAUCUGGUGUAUUCUCACUCAGCAGGUUUGACACAUUUCUUUAAGGAUUUUAAAAUCCAGUUUUAAAAUCUGGAAUUAUUGGAGGUAGAUUUCCACUGUGUGGAAUGUGAAUAGUUAAACAGAAAGAUAUGGCUAUUUAAUGUUAUUAUUGAUACAAAUCCUCUUUCACUGAUAACAGGCAGGGGUUGUUUAUACUUAAAUUACCUUUUUGAGUUGGCUUGCAGGGGAAAGGGUCAAUCCCAGUUGUUGAUGAAAGUUUCAUUGCUGAAAGUUUUGUACUAGCUAGGGUUUCUGUUGAAGAAAUGGGAACACCUUAAGAAUGAAUUUUUCCCUUCGUGUGAAGUUGACAGCAAAACUCCCAUUGUCUUUUACAGUGACCACUUUGUCCCUAAACCCUUAGCCACUAAGCAAAGCUUCAGACACUACUUACUCCUUUAUUUAAGAUUAGGCUAGCAUUCUGAAGGAAAAUUGGUAGAAGUUUUAGAAGUUUUAGUUUUUAUGUUCCAAAACAGCUCAUGCAUAGAUCACGAUGGGACUCCCCUUGAGGCAGAUUCCCUCCCCCCAGUAUAUAAAUUUUAUACAAAGAACUUCUAUGAAUUGCUAGUUAUUGCCUGAGAGUAAGAAAGUUCUGCUAACUGACAAUUAUACAAGAUAUUUAAUAUCAACCAUUUAAAUGUCUGCUUUAUUCUAAAAACAAUGGACUAUAUAACCUAAGGCUGCAGUAUUUUCAUGCUCGGUCUCACAAAGCAAAACUUGGUUUAAAAUGAAGUUUUAAUUAUUUUGUAACUGAAUAGAAUUGGAGUUUUUUCUUCCCAGCAUUUUGUACGUCAUUUUAACUACUAGUUACAAAUAAAUAAAAUAUCUUCUCCAGCCCA